AGGGAGGAGGUACCGAUUAACAGCCUCGAUGCUACAAAGCUACAGGCUGGAUUACACUUCGCACGCAAGCGUCAAUUCUUGGCGCGAAUUCCUGCUGAUCAAUAGGGACUUGGAAGUCCCGGACUCUCCGGAGUAACACUGCAACGUAAUCCAGUCUCAGUCUUCCCGGAGUUCCAUCUCGGUACGGAUACUCUAAACCCGAUCUUCCAAUAGUUUUCAGACAUUCAGGCGCAUCGUGAACGUUCGUGAAUUACACAUUUUCGUUAAAAAAAAAACUGUUGCACGUUGAGAGUGCGGAAAUCAAAGUUUAAGUUUUCACAAAAAAAAACUUGAUCCUCGACGAUGUAUCAACAAGUUUCCUGAUGUAGGGAAAGAAAAAAGAUCAUUACAGACCUUAGCAAUAACUAUACAAGAAUAUCAACUGAAAAAAGUGCAAUCAAAUCGAUAUUUUAUAAAUUGAAUUAACAUAUCAAGGUUGAAAAAGUUAUCCAAUCUGAAUAAAACACUACGAAACCCUACCCACACACGUUCGUGGUAAUUAAAUUAAAAUCUUUGUUGAUGUUUGUUUUCUAGUGUUCAAAGUUAUAUUUAUGUCUUUAAUUCAGGACUGAAAAAGGGCACUAACAAUCGAGCUUAAUGUAUUUUCGAUCUUGAAGAUUAUACGUAUUCCUUUGGUGUGAUAUUCGUCAGUCUUACGUAGCCUAGAAUAGCAAAAAUAGUUUUUGAAUACAUAUUAGAUUUUUUAAAUAUACCUCCUGUUAUAAUUACAUUGUUACGAAUUUAUGAAUGCUUCUAGAAGUGAAGUAACUAUUAGACGACAAAUUAUCAUGAUGUCAGUUUGUUAUUGAUCUAGAAUUAGUUAGAAUAGUAGAUUUAAAGUAGUGGUUAGUGGAAAGUGAUAAAAUUAACACCAAUAUGAGUUAUCAACGUUCCUGCUUGGCUAAUAGAACUAAGAAUGAAAAGAUUUCGUCCCUGGUUGAACAGCAUGGGUCACCGGCAGGCGGAUUACGACCGGCAGCGGUGGCAAGAGUCGGCCAGGCUGUCAAUCUUGCCGUCGAAAGAUUCGUCACAGUUGGCGAGACUAUCGCUGACGAUUAUCCGGAAGUCAGGCAGGGCAUGUAUGAGGCGUGCAAGGAGGCGAGGCAGGCGGGAAGUGCAAUUGAAAGGAUCUGUGAAGAGACGGAGGAAGCGGAAGAAGUUCUUCCUGAUCGGACGGUGUUGAUCAGGGCAUCAAGAUGCCUGUUAGGGGCCAUUACGAGGGUGCUUCUCUUGGCAGAUAUUGUUGUAGUUAAACAGCUCCUUUUAGCCAAAGACAAGGUGUCACACAGUUUAGAUCGUCUAGAAUCAGUAAACAAUUUUACUGAAUUCGUGAAAGCAUUCAGCCAAUUUGGUGCCGAGAUGGUGGAGCUUGCACAUUUGACCGGGGAUCGUCAAAAUGACCUUAAGGACGAACGAAGGAGGGCACAGAUGGCAGCAGCUAGGCAAGUGUUGGAGAGAUCCACCAUGAUGCUUUUAACAUCCAGUAAGACUUGUCUUCGGCAUCCGGAUUGCAGUUCCUCCAGAGAGAAUCGAGAUACGGUUUUCUGCCAGAUGAGGAGAGCGAUGGACCUUAUUCAUUUUGUCGUGAAGGAUGGCGUUUUGAAUUCCAGCGAUAGUCAUGUACAUAGGGAAGAAUUGUUGGAAAAUGAGAGAGCUACAGCGUAUUCUUGCUUGAGGCAUCUUACAAGACUGUUAGAAGUGAGCAAAGUAUCCAUGGAUUCUUCCUGUCAGGAGACAAUCCCCAGUGCCCUGGAAGCUGUUCUCGAAAGAACUCAGGAUUUCACUGAUAGUGCCUACACUAGUCAUGAGCAUAGAGAAGCUAUUUUAGAACGUAGUGACAGAUUGAAAUUAGAAUUGGACCAUUUAUUAGGAUUGUACGCAAAUGUGAUGGGUUUCGAUGAAGCCACCCACUCUCCAGAUAUAGAAGCAUCGGUGAGCGCCUGCAUCGAUGCUGUUAAGGAAGUGUCGAAGAAUCUGGCAAUAGCAGCCAGUAACCAAGCGCAAGAACUGAGCACAGCAACGAAACAGGGUUUAGAGUUGGUAGGCAUGAUUAAGCAAGAAGCUUUAAUUUCGGACAUCAACAGAUUGCACCACACUUCCAAUGCUUUCCAGGAUUCCAUAGAUCAUAUAUUAGAGGUCUGUAAAUUGCUUCGGCACGUCGCAGUAUCGGAGACGCUACAAAUUUCCGCCAAGUUCACAGAAAUCAAUCUGAGGGUUUAUGGGCCUCAGGUUAUCACUGCAGCCAAAACGCUGGCCGCGUAUCCGGGCAGCAAGAUUGCCCAGGAGAAUCUGGAAGUUUUCGCCGAUAUGUACCAAUGGCUGGUGUCGGACGUUACUACCAUAGUUAAGGAUGUGUUGGAGACUAGUCAGGGUAAGCCGGAGAAGCAGGUUUAUAUGUCACUGCCAAGACCUGGGAAACACGGAACAACUUCGAAGCCAGUGAAAUCGGUCCGUUUGGAUGUGGAUGAACAGGAGAAGAUUGCGAAAUCGGGAUUGGAGAUGAAGUUGAUAACGAAUGAGAUGGAUGCCGAGACGGAUAAGUGGCAGGAAAGUAAUACCGCACAAGUGGAGGAGAACAACGAUAUCGUUAAGAGAGCGAAAAACAUGUCAGCAAUGGCUUUUUCGAUGUAUCAGUUUACGAAAGGCGAGGGUGAGCUGAAAACAACACAGGAUCUGUUCACACAGGCCGAGUAUUUCGCUGAGGAAGCUAAUAGGCUAUAUAAAGUCAUCAGGCAGUUCAGCUAUCAGGUUCCUGGAGGAUCGAAUAAAAAAGAACUCUUGGAAAACCUGGAUAAGGUGCCCACUUUCGUGCAAAGGCUUCAGUUCACCGUAAAGGAUCACACAGUUGGUAAGGCUGCAACCUUUACGAAAGUGGAUAACGUGAUUCAGGAAACGAAGAAUCUUAUGAACGUUAUAUCUAAGGUUGUUACAACUUGUUUCGAAUGUGCUACAAAGUACAAGCUGGAAUUCAGAGGUUGCGGGACAGCUGGGGGCAGAGGUGCUGGCGCAGAGGGGGGUUCUUUGGGCAGCGGAGCCACCUCUGGAGAUACCAAGGUUGGAGGAGCUUCAGGCUCGGACCAAUCCUUAUGACAGUUGGGGAUGUCCCGGCGCAACAAGGGAGACUCGAGAAGGACUCGAGUCUCAUUCUUGCUGUUCUAGGACAACUUUUAUCUUUUCAUUCUUCAGUUUUUACCAAAGACGCUGUGCUUCAAUAUAUGACAAUUCCGCAGUUUUGCGGAGGUUUUUAUAAAUAGAUUUAGGUAUGUUAUCUAUGCUCUGAUGGAGAACAACGGAGUUUUGGAGAUCCUUAUAGGAAAAUCUGCUUCGAUUAUUUGCAUUUUCAAAUUUUGUACCUAUUUCUUCGAUCAGUUCUUUUCACGUUAUCCCAAAAUCAAAGAUUCAAUCGACUUACUUAUUGUUCAAAGUUCUUCUCGAAUAUCAUUCGAGAUUUUCCCGAAUAUUUACCUUCUCCUUUCUAUUUGAAACAAGCGUUGUUAGAUGUGAAUAUGUUAAAUUAGGAUUGCUCAACUGUAUUCCAUACUUUAGAUAGAAAUGAUACAUUCAAGGCCGUGAAAGUUUUCGAUCAGAGCAUUUGGGACAACGCAUGGGCUUCCAUGCAAAGAUUUACUUAGGUUUCAAUAGAAUUUAGAUGCGUUUUUGCGGGUUUUAAAACGUUACUUGUAGUAGUUACUCGUUUCGAAAUACACCAAAGAUUCCAAGUACUAAUUCCUAUUAGGUAUCAAACUCUGUACCUAAAAUGACCGGAUUGCUUAAUUAUUUUUGAUAAUAGAUUUCGUCGAUCGAUUCCGAUAAAAGUUUGCAUCGUUUUUGCUCAUGCAUUUUCUCGUUUAAUUUCGAUGGGGCUGAAACGCAUCAUAUUCACUUCCAAGGAAGAUGCAUUCCGUGUGUUAAUAUUAAGCUUCAUGUAAUUCUGUGUAGGCGUAACAAAUUUUAUUAUUCUUUUAAGAUAAAUUGAUGUUAAAUGCGAGAGAAAAACGUAUUUCAAGUCACGGGUGGUUUUUUCUAUUUUAGUGCCAAAAACGACGAAUAUUAUCAUAAUUAGAGUUUAUGUAUAUCGAUUUCCUUUACAUAACCAUGAAUAUUUAGGUAGUUCGAUUAUUCUCAAUCAUUCCAAGCACAUUUUGAAAUGUUUCAUUUCCCCCAGAUUAACUUUAGGUAAUAAAUCUUUUUACGCAUAAAUAUAUUUAGCUUUGAUUAACUUUGAGGUACGUUUUUACAUAUUUGAAUAUGGUUAAAAUUAUUCUUGGUGAAUGAGCUUUAAAACUGGUAGAAUAGCAAUUUUGAACUUGACGCGGAGGAACAAAUAAUAAUUUUUUAAAUUUUCAAUAUACCUAAACUUGCUCUGACGUAAAAAGUAAUUUCAGUAAUUUAAAGAAUAGACAGUAGAAAAGUUUUGAUUUAUAACCCCUUAUUCACCCUAUGCGAUUCUGAGAUAACUUCUUAGUCACCUCCACUAUUAAUUAGUAUUUCAGCAUCAAGAAUACAUCGAUUUCUGAAUGAUAGAAUUCGGAAUAAUCGAUGGUGUUUAUAUUAAUUAGAAGAAAAAAUUUCGGAUGAAUAGUAAUCAGAAAAUAAAAACAAAACAGGUUGCUAGUACAAUCAUUGAAUUGAAUAUUUAAACUUCCAUACGAUACUUUUUACUCAUUCCUUGGAAUUAUGUACAUAUUUAUAUCUUUAUAGCAUUUUUAUAACCGAAAUGUUGAUACUUAUAGUGUUUUCGCCAAUGUAGGUCGAAUUCCCCUUUUACCGCGAGCGUUGUUAUGUUAAAGAUGAAUUUGUUUUUUGUUGAUUCGGAAAUGUACCCGAAAAUAUUAUUUUAACAGAUGUUUGUUGUUCGAAUCGCAACCAAAAUAUACUUUGAACUCUCGUUAUUUCACUAUUAUUAUAGGACGAUAUGGUAUAAUUCGUAAUUCCUACAUGUUGAAAUACAUGUGCGACUGUAAUGUUCUAAUUUUAAACAGAUAAUCGAUAUGUUGGCGAGUUUUUUGAAGAUGUUACAGUUUUGUGCCUGUAAACAUUAUAAUGACAUAAAUAGAGACUAUUAUAAUACAAAGAGCUACAAUAGAGUUUAGCGUUAUAAGGGAAUGCAGACUGAAUCUCUUUAUUUCUUCAUUUAUUCCAACUCAAAAGCAACAGAAGUGAGAAUUUCGUACACUUUGAGUACAAAGGAUAUUUUAACCAAUAAAAUCUGAAUUGAUGGAAAUAGAGAUAUCCAGCCAGCAUUUCAAACUGAAAUCCUCGAUACCAAAGUAAUUCAUACAUAGAUUCAUUGAUGUAUAUUUUAGAGAAAUAACUAUAAUAUUUUCAUGGCUGCUAGUUUAGAUUUUAUACCUUUGAAUUAUAUAGUCAUUGUUGAAUUACCGUAAAAUACCGGAACCUGAGAUUGUUGGUGUCUUGAAAAUGUUUAUGAGAGGUCUAGAUGUCUUGAAUGAAAUAUUAUAUACUUUAUAUUGUGCAUAUUGUGUUUUAAUUAAAUUGAAUAAUAAGCAA